AAUCGCAUUCACAAGGCCAAUUGACCGGUGCGAUGGUACAAAAAUAUUGAUUUGCAAUACUUGCAACUUAGUUUAGUAAUUUAGCGCGUAGAUAUGGAUUUCACAGACUUCGAGGUGCGAAAGUGCCCACCAACCGUCAUGUACAUUCCAAAUUUUAUUACAUCCGAUCAGGAGAGUUCCAUACUAAGUCAUAUAGAGAGAACACCGAAGCCUCGGUGGACGCAACUACUUAAUCGACGGCUCGUUAACUAUGGCGGCAUUCCUCAUCCGAACGGCAUGAUAGCCGAGGAGAUACCUGAAUGGCUGCAGAGCUAUGUGGACAAAGUCAACAAUUUGGGAAUCUUCGAAUCCCAGAAAGCCAACCAUGUACUAGUCAAUGAAUACCUGCCUGGUCAGGGCAUUCUUCCACACACCGACGGACCGCUCUUCUACCCAAUCAUAUCGACCAUUUCAUGUGGGGCACACACCGUUCUGGAGUUCACCAAGCGCGAGACUACGGGCGAGGCCAACGACGGCGUGGUAGUCUUCAAGCUGUUACUGGAGCCGCGCAGCUUGCUGAUCUUAAAGGAUACGCUCUAUAGCGAUUAUAUGCAUGCCAUUAGUGAGAUCAACGAGGACACGCUAUGCGAUCGCAUUUGCAAUUAUAAUCUCUGCGAAAACACCUAUAAGAUCGGGGAUCAUCUAGUGCGCCGAGCUCCUCGCAUUUCCCUAACUAUCAGAAAUGUUCCAAAGACGAGUAAAAUGAAGUUAAAGUUUUGCUAGACUGUUAAAGCAUUGUUGUUACCACAAAGUUGUUAACCACCCACUGAAGUCAGCCCACAAGUUGCCGAGGCGCAAACGUAAAUCUAACUCAAAGUUAUAUAUUCGAUAUUCUUUAAAUCUUCCGCUAGACAUAAGAAAGAGCACAAAGCAAUGUUUCAUAAUAGUUUCUUAUAGCCCACCAAGUGCUUUCAUUUCGAUUUUAUACCAAUUAUUGAUGUAGAUACAUAUAUAUCGUAUCCGUUUCGCAAAGUUUCAUAAUGUAAAAGUUUCCACAGUGCUUUAUUUUUCGAUAUUAUACCAAUUUUGUAUAUAAAGAUGUAUAUCUAAAUGAUUUAUAUAUUUAGUUACACCAAGCAAUAUGCAAGCACUUGUUAAUGCUAGGUCCUGUAUUAAGGCUCGUAUUAUAUAGUUGUAUGUAUAAAUAUGUAUUCCUUAUAUGCUUGCGUGUAUUUU